AUGUCCUCCCCCACGUCUAGCAAAUCGAAUCUCACUGCACUAUUCCGCGGUGCUUCAGUAGCCGGCGACGCAAAGCUUGUACGCUGCCCAUCGGAGACCCUCGAACGAUUACGACGCCUCAACGAAGCAGAAGUCAUUACACUCUUUACACCCUUCGUACCACACCCUCCUUCCACAUCACUAGCAAAGGAUAUGGAUCCAUUCGAGCCCUUGGGACGGGCACUACCACGACAAGUACGACAUGUUCCUUAUCGGCUGGACAAUGGCAUGACGGAAAUACACACCGACUUCCUGCCUACCAGUGGAGCCAUAGUGAUUGUCAUUUGCGCUACGGCCAGCGUCAUCAAUCAUAACAAACAAGCCUUCGAGCAGCAGCUCAGAUUCGCGAGAGAUAUCUCAAGGAGGAUUGCAGAAGACGACUUGAUCGCUGGCAUUCCAGUCAUAUUGCUUCUUGUCGAUAACGAUGCCGUUGGACCAGCAUAUGUGAACGCCAUGCAGGACAUUCCAGCCCUCGUCACUCUCAACGACUACACCACGGCAGCACUCGCAAACGCUGUUGGUGUGCUUUUUGGAAAGUAA